AUGAACCCUAGUACAUGUUCCCUCUACAUUAUCCUAUUCUCACUAUUCAUCCACGUGACUUCUGAAGCACUGAUGUCUCCAAUUUACGAAUAUCUCAAAGACCUCUGUCCAAGCGGCCAACUCCCACUGACCAGCUCGAAAACCGUCAAAACGUGCGCCAAUCUGUGUCCUCUGGGAGCACUGUGCUAUCGUGGAAUCUGUUGUGUUCCGAACCCGCAGUGCCGGCACCCGUCCUAUCGGUAAUUUAGGAAGGAUUAUGUUCGGUAGAGCCAUUAUGAAGCAUAAAUUCAGAAUGUCGGCCGGGUUUCCCUGUCUUCCGAGCGUCAAGAACAACUGUCCGGACGGUGCGCAAUGUGUCGCCUCCAGCCAGGACGGCAUGUACAUUUGUUGUUCCUCGAAAAGUGUGGGGAAGUGAGUUGGUGACUUUCAGUACCUAAUUUCGAAAUUUCUGGUUUCGAGACGUCUGGAAAGAGUUCGAGAAAAUUUUAAGCUAUCCUCGUUUCAGAGGAUUCUCCAGCUCUCGCCUCAAACCUACCCGACCCUCAAUGCCGAUCAAAAAAGACCGAUCGACGUCGAGCCUCGUCCCUUCCGACUCCUCCCAAAUCUGCCCGAAAACGCAUCCGAUCAUAGCGCACGACGGAAAAUCGCUGGUCCUGUGCAAAGAUUGUAUCCAGGGCGUUUGUGCAAAGUUCCGAACGAGCAACGUGGAAGUGUGCUGUCAGAGUUCCGACGAUAUUUGCGGGGCCGGAAGUCAGGUGCUGAUGGAUAGUCUCGUGCCGAGGGACUGCAGCAAGAAGCCGUGUGGCAAGGGGUAAAAGCAGACUUGCCAAAUCCCGGGCCCGGCCAGCAAAUCGUCGGCCCGGCCCGGCCCGGUCGGCCCGGAAGUUAGACCUCAAAAAAAAUAUGCAAAAAAAAUAUGAAGGAAGAGGAAAACGCGUGCGGCAAAAUUGCUAAAAUGGCGUGCCAGAGUUGCAAUCAAUCGCUCCGCCCACUCUUGAGAAAAUUUUCGUAAUUUUUGUGAAAAUUUUGCGACUUUAAACAGCAAUUUCUAUUUAGGUGCAUCCUCCCGGGCCGACCGGGCCGGGCCGGGCCGGAAAAUUUCUAAUUUUGGCCCGGCCCGGCCCGUUGCAAGUCUGGGUAAAAGUGGGCGCGAGUUCAAUAAAAUGUUCGGGUUUUUUUUUGAAGGUACGAAUGCUCGUUGACUCCCUCCGGACUCCGAGUCUGUUGCUCUUUGGCCAGAUGCCCCGGCGGUAGCUUUGCGAGAUCCGUGUGCGCGGCGGGGUGUCUGCGGAACGAGAAAUGCGUGCCGAUACACGAUGAAUCGUGGUGCUGUCCUGCGGAGAUUUCCGUGAAAAGUGAACUGUCUCUUCAGUCGAACAGUCAGUUCCAGUGCAAAGACGAUGGAAAGGGGUAGGUUGUGGCAAGUGCAACAUUUAUUUGAAGAAAUUCUUCUAGAACUGGCGAAAAGUGUGAUCCAACUUUUCCGAUCUGCGCCCAGGGCGCCGUUUGUGAGCUAAAUCUACUGGAAAACGCGCAUAUUUGUUGCAAACGGUUCAGCAAGUCCAAAUGUAAGUCUGAAGUGUGAACACUUUCACGUUUACAAAAUUUCUCAAGUAGCUAACAGGAAAACCCUACUUCCACCGCUCUAUUACACGACAACACCUCCUCAAAUCACUACAACUACACAAGAACCAUUUCCGGUGGAUGUUGUGUAAGUACUAAUUUCUUAGCUUUUCGAAAGUCAGUCCUUCCUUUCAGGCCGAACUGUCAAGAUCCUCUCGCCCGGCCGCUCAUAGAAAACGGCCUGCCGUACAUGUGCAUUCAUCCGGGCGACACGUGUCUCCGCGCCGGAUUCACAUGCCAGGAAUCCGAUAUCGACGACGUUUUUGUGUGCUGUACCGCGCAAACGAACCGCCUGCUACCCCCGCAAAUUCCCACGUUUCCGCUGAUUCUCACCUCGACGACGGCGUCUCCGAAAACAACGACGUCUUCCGAGGAAAUCGGACCAGCGUGCCCGUUCUCUUACAUGCCUUCCAAGCCGGACAAUCAGGAGGUUCAGCGGUGUUUGACACUAUUCUCGUUGGAGUGAGUUUAAUUCGAUGAAAAUAUUUUAAAAGAAGAAAUGAACAUUUUCAGUUGUCCUUUCGGCUACACGUGUCUUCCUUCGUCUACGACCGACAGUUAUCUCUGUUGUAUAAGAAAACCCGUCAUUUGA